AUGAAGACCUGUUACAAACUUCUUAAGUUUGAGAUGCUCGAUGGCACCGGUGAUCCUAGUGUGCAUUUAAGGACCUACUGUGUUAAGCUUGUAGAAGUGGGAAAGAAUGAGCAAAUCUGCAUGAAGCAGUUCAUGCAAAGUCUCACCGGGGAUGCAUUAUCCUGGUACAUUAGUCAGAAUCCAAAGAAAUGGGAGAACUGGGUAAGUAUGGCCUCUGACUUCAUGAAUAGAUUCAGGUUCAAUACUGAAAAUGUGCCAUACAUUUUCUAUAUCCAGAACCUCAAGAAGAAGCAAACAAAAACCUUCACUGAGUAUGCUACUCGCUGGAGAUCAGAGGCCCCCAAGGUGAGGCCGCCACUAGAAGAGGAAAAAAUUAACAAAUUCUUUGUCAGAGUUCAGGAUCCACAAUACUAUGAAAGAUUGAUGGUUAUAGAGAACCAUAAGUUCUCCAACAUCAUCAACAUAGGAGAAAGAAUAGAAGAGGGAAUCAAGAGCGGUAUGGUGACUAAUUUUGAGGCACCUCAAGCCACCAAUAAAUCCUUAAAGUCCGGAGGCAUUUCAAAGAAGAAGGAAGUGAGUGCCGUGAUGAUAGCCGGGGGCCCUAAAUCUCCCCUUACGUAUUAG